AUGUUGACAGCCAACAACGAGACAAGUCAAGCUCAUGGCCAAAAUGAGGCCAGACGCGUCAACCGCUCAGCAACAUUUAGCAACCAAGAAGCCAUCGUGGAGAUGUUGUCGGCUCUCCAAGAUCAGCUGGACAGCUUGGCGUCGCGUGUCCAGACGCCCAACCGUGACCAGCCACUCCCGCCAUCGCCAGCCUUGGCCGCAGAGAGCAGCAGUCAGCGAGAUUAUAUGGUUACGCCCAUGAAUGACGGAGGGACUGGCCAAGGUGGCCUCAAUGCAGCUCGACAGGCUUCUCGCGCAGCUGCAUCUCAGAACUUCUACGGACCGACCAGUCCAGACUAUGCCUUGAAUGUUGCGCAGCUAAAAGUGCGGCAAAACAGCUGUUCUGACGCACCGCUGCAGCAACAGCAACUCCAGCUUGCCAGCAUUGACCAAGAAGACACCUCCGACGACGAAGAUACCCAGGGGGCGCAAGAUGCACGUUUUGUUGUCGCGCCUCGGGCGCUCGAUAGACGUGACCCAGCGCGGCUAUUGGUGUUCCGGUCCGUCAUGGGCCUACAUGAAGUCAUGCGGCUCUUGUAUGUGUACCAAGAGGUGGUUGGAGACUUGCAUCCCAUUAUUGACCUUGAUGAACUCAUCACCCAAACCCAGUCGUGGUAUGCAGAUGCGGAUCCUGGAGUCUGGAAGGCCACACCAGAUCGGCCAGGGGCUGCAUCGGACGAGCGUCUCCUCAUCUUAAAUCUUGCGCUGGCCAUUGCUCUACGCGCCGACUCGAAGCCUCUAAGCUGCGACACCGAGAGCCUCCUUCGCGAGAGUUUUCAGGAUGCAGUCAACGCAAAAUUGGCGUCCCCUGCCUACAACAUCAAACAUGUCACCAUUGUCCUCCUCAAGGGUUGGCAUGACGUCUUCCACGACAUGCCGCGCUCCGCCUGGCGCCUCUGUGGGAUUGCUGGACGCAUGUUGAUGGAGCUUGGAUUUCACAAUGGUGAUGUUUCCAACCAUACGUUGGACUCGGAGGCACGGCGAACAGAGGCAUAUAGUUUGAUGAGCAGCAUCGUCAUCCUCGAUCGCCAAUGGAGUUCAACCACUGGUUUGCCGACACAUUUCCAUGAGAGCAGCUUCAACUCGAUUCCUCCUUCUUAUGUCAAGAACCCAUAUCUCAGGGCGAUGCUGUCCUUCAUUCUGAUCAGUGAUCAAUUCAGCGAGCCCAUCUUGCAGGCUGCCAAAGGAGAAAGGUACAAUGACGAAGAUGCUUUUGAAUUGAUGAACUUCCAGAUUGAGCAGUGGAGGAAAAAGGCUGUCGGAGAGCACUCCCUGGAUCGGUCCGAGAAAUGGCAGACAAACCCGUCGAGCAGACCACCUACAUGGACCAUCUUGCUGAAUCUUCGAGCCGAGUCUGUUCGCAGCCUUCUCCUCAAGCCGUUUUUCUUUUCAGAAUCAGACCUUGAGACAACAAAGAAGCAUCUACGACCUGCCACGGAGCUGGUCUACAAUGUUGUCAAUGUUCUGUACACGCUUGACAGCACCACUGACAUUUACCGCAAGCAACAUCCUUACUUUCAACACCUGCUGGCGUCUGCAGUUGGGCUGGCGUUUUUACUGAUAGCAUUUAUUAAGCAAAACAAAUCCACGUUGUUGGCCAGCCUCGCCCCUGAUCUUGCCGAGUCGGUCAGUCGCAGCUUUGAGAUGGCAGCAUCUCUGACGGCGAGGUACACCAGAGUGUCAAGAUCAGCUCGCAGACUGUCCAAGAGGCUGUCCGAGAUGACAGGCAUCCUCCUCGAUCUGGGCGUGCUCAACAACCCCAGCUCUGGAGGUGGGCGAGAAUUCACAAGGCCUAACGAGCAAGAAUCCGUGGCCAAUACAGCGAGGAGUAUCCGGAGAACAAGUCUGGCUCAUCCGCCGUCUCAGUCCUGCCCAGAAUACUCUCCACCACUCAGCAGCCGGCCUGUCGGCCCUCGAGGAUUCGGGAUCGGUUUGCCUACCACUUCGGGUCCUGAUGUGCAGCUGGAAUGGGAAGACUCGCUACGCCUUCAAUGGCCCAGUGGCGAUAUCAGCAACAUGUUUUCAGAGAGUAUCUUUUAGUAUUCGGCC